UUACUUUACUUUGUACGUGCACAAAUAGGCAAACAUAAGUCUGCCCUUUUUAACAAUAAGCAGGAAAAUAUUUCAAACAACUAAACCAUUAUUUUACAGGAGGGGUAAUAAACGAUGUCACGUGUCUCUUGUUUUACAUUAAACAUAACUAAAUACAGGCAGUUUUAAGUUAAACGUCAUUAUAUUCGUUUUACUGCGGUAGAGGGGUACUAAAGUGCUGUUCGCCGUGUGGACUAAAGUGGACCAGUCACGAGCGAUGCUUUGUGGGUAAAGUGCGUCCCGGUAUCCGCCCAUAUUCGCCAAAAGGAGGCCAACCUGAGCAGCUAGGCCGGCCGACGCUGGAACAAAUGGAAAGUUCAAUCGAUUAGUUUGCUCACUUGUUUUUGCCCGUUCCCGCUUCCUUCUGACACCAAGUAGACAGGUUUCAUGCGGACCUUUCUUCGUGGACCAGGCAAUGCAGACAUCGUGUGAAACGAGAGGACGAUCAGCUUGACUCAUUUUGUCGCCACUUCAGACACGGAACUCCGUUCGUUUAAAGGUGAAUCAUGACAGAAUAUAAGCUGGUUGUGGUGGGAGCUGGUGGCGUGGGCAAGAGUGCACUUACCAUUCAACUCAUCCAGAAUCACUUUGUAGAUGAAUAUGACCCCACCAUUGAGGACUCUUACAGAAAGCAAGUAGUGAUUGAUGGGGAGACGUGUUUACUGGACAUCCUGGAUACUGCAGGUCAGGAGGAGUACAGCGCCAUGAGAGAUCAGUAUAUGAGGACAGGGGAGGGCUUCCUCUGUGUCUUUGCCAUCAACAACACCAAGUCCUUUGAGGACAUUCACCACUACAGAGAACAAAUCAAGCGGGUGAAGGACUCUGAGGAUGUCCCCAUGGUGCUGGUGGGCAACAAGUGUGACCUCCCGUCCCGGACUGUGGACACUAAACAGGCUCAGGACUUAGCACGGAGCUAUGGCAUUCCCUUCAUUGAGACCUCAGCCAAAACCAGACAGGGAGUCGACGAUGCCUUUUACACGUUAGUACGAGAAAUCCGCAAGCAUAAGGAGAAGAUGAGCAAGGAGGGCAAGAAGAAGAAAAAGAAGUCCAAGACAAAGUGCAUACUCAUGUGAAUAAUCAGUCCUUUUGCAGAUAGACUAAAAAAGAAACUAUGUUGAACAAAAAAGUAAUACAUUUUGUACAUCACACUAAAUUAUUAGCCUCUUUCUCAAUACCACCUCUUGCUGUAACCAAUACUAAAGCUGACCUACUUUGUCUGCCUUCUUAUUCUUUGCUACAUAGACACCAAUAAGCUUCCUUUCCUGUUUAGUGCCAGUUACUCACACAAAAUUGGUUUGAUUUUUAUGGAUGAUGUUGAUUUAACCCCCCCCCCACCCCCCCUUAAGAUGUUGGUAAACUGCAUCAAAGGACAUGCCCGUCAACCGUUCCCAUAAUUAUUUAGUCCUUUUGGCGAAAGGUUGUGUCAUGGCAUGCCAAAGAAUGACUAUUCAUCCCUCAAUUGUGCUAAUGUCACUGAAAUGUAUGCAUGAAAUCCUUUACUAGUCUUCAAAUGUUCUAACAACUUUAAAUAGCUAUUAACAAUUUGUAUCUUGUGGGGUUUGACCUCUUCAACUACGUUGUUGGGUUUUUUUUGUUUUUUGUUUUUUUUUUUUUGCAUGCAUUUUGUCUCGGAUGACAAUGCAUAUAAAGGUUGAUUCGGUGGACAGCAGACCAGAGUCAACAUGAGUCUAGUUGAUCAAGUCUUCAGUAAUGUUUUGUUUUGUCUUUUGACUAAUUAUACUGUACGAUCCUCUCUAGACCUGUCCUAAAUUGGCCGGGUUUUAUGCGUCCACAAAAGUAACACCUUGUUUCAUAUGUGCUAUUGUCAAUACUUUAAAGGUCUUAACUGUAGGAUUAUAUCCCUUCUUAAUCUUUUUUUU